AUGCCCUCUAAUGACCAUCAUAAAGCUCGGCGUGACGGUGUGGGAGUGAUGAGCGUGCGCCUUUUGAGAAUAGACACUCAUCGACGGAAGCGGUUUGGUCGCGGUGAGAUUUUGGCGGUGGCGGAGCUAGUGCUGUUACACGACGCACGCAGCACUAGCCUCGAGCGGGGAAUCGCGUGCGCCGGCGUCAUCUGCGACUCGACGCGGCGCUGUUGCCUCAGUAGCGACUGGGACGCGUCGACGAAUGCUCAGCUCGGCCGCUCGUCGCAACUGCGCGGCCUU